CAUGAAAAACGGCAUAAUAGUUGCCGGUCGGAAGUCAAGUUGAAUAAACGUUUUUUAUUGUUCUUGAAAAAUUGGCUUAAGUGAGAAAUUUGAUGCAGGGUAUUAACUUAGUGAGAUUAUUAAACAUGUACCUUCUGUUAAAGUAAAACAAUAGAACGAAGGACAUUGCUUUAAUUAAUUGGUCCCUAAAUUGAAGAUCCGAGAAAAACUUAGUGAGGUGAGACCAUGAAUUUGGCGGACGUGAAUUUCAAGAAGAUUACCAUCAUCUGUGCUUGCACGAUGAUUGGCGGCCUGACGCUCAGCGUGGGAGUAAUUCCUGCGCUGGUUCAAUUCAUGCUGAAACAGAACCUCCGCCUCAAGCCGGGCUCCGACCUGCGCAAGAUGUACGAGAAGGUGCCGUUCGGGCUGGACUUCAAGGUGCACAUCUUCAACAUCACCAACCCGCAGGAAAUCAUGCAGGGUGGCCGGCCCCGCGUCAAGGACAUCGGUCCGUUCUACUUCGAGGAAUGGAAGGAAAAGUACGACAUCGAGGACAACGACGGGGACGACACGAUGACGUUCGACAUGAAGAACACUUGGAUCUUUCGACCGGAUCUGACCGCACCGCUGACGGGCAACGAGAUGAUUACCGUUCCGUACCUGCUGGUGAUCGGCGUCCUGCUCGCCAUCCAGCGGGACAAGGAGCCAAUGCUUCCGCUGAUUUCCAAGGGGCUGGACAUCAUAUUCGAACCGCUGGAGUCGGCGUUUGUUACGGUGCGCGUGAUGGACCUGCUGUUUGACGGCAUUCCGGUGGACUGCAGCAGUGAGGAGUUUGCGGCCAAGGCACUCUGCUCGGGGCUGGAUUCGGAGGGCGCGGUGGCACCGCUAAACGAUACGCACGUCAAGUUUUCGAUGUUUGGACUGCGCAACGGUACGUCCAUCGGUCGCUUUAAGGUGUACCGGGGCAUCAAGAACGUGGCCGACCUUGGUCGGGUCAUAACCUACAACGACGAAACGGAAAUGGACUACUACGACGGCGACGAGUGCAACAAGUACGUCGGUACGGACUCGACCAUUUUUCCGCCUUUUCUGACCAAGAAGGACCGGCUGUGGGCGUGGUCGCCGGAGAUCUGCCAGUCGCUGGGUGCGGUGUACGCGGGCAAGUCCAGCUACCAGGGUUUCCCGACGAGCUUCUUCACGAUUGACUUUGGCGAUUUGAGGGACGACCCGGUUCAUCAAUGCUACUGUCGCGAUCCUCCGGACGGUUGUCCUCCGAAGGGGACCAUCGAUCUGGGACCGUGCGUUGGUGCUCCCAUUCUGGGUUCCAAGCCACACUUUAUCGGAGGAGAUCCCAAACUGUUGCGGGACGUUGACGGCCUGGAACCGGAUCCCAAAGAGCAUGACAUUUUCAUUCACUACGAUUUGGUAAUGUUGCGUAGUUUAUGAAUGUCCCUCUUUUUGAAAGCUUCUAAUGGAUGGAUACCUCCACAGCAAACGGGAACGCCAUUUUCGGCCGCCAAGCGAUUGCAGUUCAACUUGGAACUGGAACCGAUCCGGGGUCACGAGGUUUUCGGGAAGUUGCCGAAAAUGGUGCUGCCAAUGUUCUGGGCCGAGGAGGGAGCCUCCCUGAACAAGACAUGGACCAAGCAAAUCAAACCGCUCUUUAUGAUUCGCAAGUUCAACGCCACGGUCAAGUGGCUCUCGAUAGUGCUGGGCACGCUGGGCACGAUCGGUGCCGGGUUCAUGCACUACAAGCUGCACAUCAAGCCGGUCAACGUGCGCCCCAUGGAGGCUCAGAAAACGACCGUCAAAGAGGUGGAACCCUCGGUCGAAACCAACGGAACGGGAAAAGAGCCACCGGAGAAGGUUGAACCACGCAUUGUCGACAGUGCGCAUAGGAAUUUGCCGCCCCUUUACGACGGUGGAUUGGCCGGCAAACAAAAAACGGUGUCGUCGGAUCAGCAAAUGUUAAACAAAAUGAAGCUGGAAGAUUUAAACUUCAAGAAGAUUGCCAUCAUUUGUGCUUGUACGCUAGUUGGAGGAUUAACGUUCUGCUACGGGAUAUUUCCACCGAUACUGAAGUUUAUGCUAAAACAGAAUGUCCUGCUCAAACCGGGCACCCAAAUGCGGGGCAUGUUCGAGAAAAUGCCCUUCCCGCUGGACUUCAAGAUCCACCUGUUCAACGUGAGCAACCCGGAGGAGAUCAUGAAGGGUGGCAAGCCCAAGAUCAAGGACGUUGGGCCGUACUACUUUGAAGAAUGGAAGGAAAAGUUCGACACCGAGGACGACCUGGAGGAGGACACGCUGAGCUUCACGCUGCGCAACACGUGGAAGUUCCGGGCGGAUCUUUCGGCGCCGUUGACCGGCGACGAGAUGAUUACGCUGCCAAACAUGCUGCUGUUGGGGGUCUUUCUGAUGGUGCAGCGGGAACGUGAGGCCAUGAUGCCGUUGAUCAGGAAGGGAGCUAAGUUGAUUUUUGACCCGCUGGAAUCGGCGUUUAUGACGGUGCGCGUGUUGGACUUUCUGUUCGACGGACUUCCGGUGGACUGUAGUAGUCAGGACUUUGCGUCGAAGGCGCUCUGCUCCGGGAUGGAGUCGGAGAAGGUGGUUUUCCCGCUGAAUGACACGCAUUAUCAGUUUUCGAUAUUUGGAGCGCGUAACGCAACGGAUGCAGGUCGUUGGGUUGUGUACCGUGGCGUCAAGAACAUCGGGGAUCUGGGUCGGAUCGUGAGCUACAACGGGGAAACCGAGAUGGACGUUUACGAUGGCGACGAGUGCAACCAGUUCAUCGGUACGGACUCGACGAUCUUCCCGCCGUUCCUGACUAAGGAGGAUCGGCUGUGGGCAUGGUCUCCGGAGAUUUGUCGCUCGAUGGGUGCCACGUACGGUGGCAAGUCCAAAUACGCCGGAAUGCCGAUGAGCUACUUUGAGCUGGACUUUGGAGAUUUGAAGAACGAACCGGAAAACCACUGCUUCUGUCGCGAUCCACCGGAGGAUUGUCCUCCGAAGGGAACCAUGGAUCUGGCGCCAUGCUUGGGAGCACCACUACUGGGGUCGAAGCCACACUUUAUCGACGCCGAUCCAAAGCUGCUGGAGGAGGUUGAAGGACUUGAACCCAACCGGGAGGAUCACGACAUGUUCAUUAACUUUGAAUUGGUCCGUUAAUACUUUGUAUGUCCUAAUAUCUGUGAUAAAAUUGAUUCUUUGCAGAUUUCCGGCACGCCGGUUUCAGCCGCCAAGCGGCUACAGUUCAACCUGGAGAUGGAACCCGUUCGCGAUCAUGAAGUUCUCGGGAAUCUACCGAAUGUGAUUCUACCCGUGUUCUGGGUUCAGGAAGGAGUCUCUCUCAACAAGACCUGGACCAAUCAGCUCAAAUACCAGCUAUUUCUCGGUCUCAAGUUCAACGCCACGGUCAAGUGGUUGACGAUCAUCAUCGGAACGGUCGGUUCGAUCGGAGCUGGCAUCAUGCACUACAAGCGGUCCACCAAGAGCGUCAAUGUGACCCCCGUGGAGGCGGUUAGCAACGGAAGUGGACGGAUCGUUUCGGUGAGCUCGGCCGGCAAAGACCGCGAGGCCAUCAACAACAGCAAGAAUCUGCCGGCGGUCCUCGACGGACUCGGAGAACGAAUUCCGAAGAUGGCACCGGUUGAGCAGCGUUACUAAGGGUGCGAUCAAAGUGUGUUAGGUUAGGAUGAUUGAUUGUUUAUUGGUGAGCAGGGAUGGAAUAAUCGCAAAAAAAAUCAUUUUCGCUUGCGAACUUUCUUCACCCGCGAAAGAGAGAGGAGGCAAAUCACGCAAAAGAAAAUCGCUCCCGAACUUCUCCAAGAAAAUCAAUCUGCUGAUGAUUUUUUGUGGAUUUCCUUGCCAGCACCACUUAAAAAUAUUUAUUUCAUUUUGUUUACACACAUUGCCCAUCUACAAAAUGUGACAGGUCAUUUUUCGACGUGUGACGUUACACUUGCAAGUGUAGUAGUGAAAAAGAUGUUCCGCCGAAUAAUCAAGAUGAUGAUUUUUUUAGAUUCCUUUUACCGAUCUUUCGUGCGCGAGAGUGGAGUGGAUGCUCUCUUCGGAUUUUUUCUCUUGAUGAACGUCCAAUGAUUUUCUUUUGAUGAUGAUUAUUCCAUCGCUGUUGGUGAGGUUGUCAAAAUCGAAACCGCUGAUAACGUUGAAGUGGAAAGCGACGAACUGUCACUUUCUCAAAUGGCGAUGGUGUCAAACCAACGGGGUUUUAGUGUAGCAAGUGACAGUUUGUCACUUUUCAUUUCGAUUCUGUCAAAUCAACGAGGUUAACCUGUGAGAUUUAUCUGCACGUAGUAGUGAUUUAAAUUGACGGUUAAAUCAAAUUUAAAAUAGAUCAAAAGCAUCGAUAUCAGUUAAAAGAGAAUAAAAAAUUAUUGGUUAAAUUCAAACUGGAAUUUUCCAACCUUGCUUUGAAUUCCGAGGUUGUUGAAUUCACAUUCCGUUGCUUCGAUUUUUCGUAUCAAUUUAUAAUAAUGAAACACAUGCUGGAAUCCGUGCAAUUAUACACAAUUAUCCGUUAGGGGAAAAUUGAAACGUUGGAAGUGAUAUGGAAAAAACCGUGGAUGAAAAUUGAUAAAGCUUUUUUUCUUGUAGAAUUUCAAAAUAAAGAAAAACCGUAGCAUUUCCUUUGAUAA